AUGUAUGCUGUUACAUCUGGUGUUGCUCAAGGUGGCCACCUAAGUCCUUUAUUAUUCUCUCUCUUUGUAAAUUCAUUACCACUGUGGCUUACUCAAGUAAAAUUUUUACUUUAUGCUGAUGGUAUAAAAAUAUAUUAUACUUUCCUGCUUCAGAGCGAACUAAACAUAUUUACCGAAUGGGUUUCCAACCUUGGACUAUCUCUAAAUAUAACGAAAUGUCAUGUAACUUCUUUCUCUAGAGCACGCUCUCCCAUUCUAUUCAAUUAUUUUCUCCAUGACUCCAAAUUAGAACGCGUCUACAGCAUUAAAGAUUUAGGAUUUAAUUAUUCAACUGAUCUCAGUUUCAGCACUCGCGUCAAUAUUGUAGUUAACAAAGCUUUAAAAACACUCCAGUUAAUCAUCCAUAAUACAAAAUUAUUUAUAUCUCCCAGAUGCCUGUGUACUUUUUAUUUUGCCCUAGUUCGCUCACUAUUAGAAUACAGAUCAAUAGUAUGGAAACCUUUUCUAGCUAAAGAUCAAAUUCGUCUUGAGCAUGUACAAAACAAAUUUUUAAAUUAUGUAGCGUUUCAAUUUAGUAUUCAUCACAUUCCCCACGACUAUACCAAUAUGAGGCAGGUUCUGAAUAUUCAAACAUUAUCUUCUCGCCGUGAUAAUGCGGAUUUAGAAUUCAUAUCUGCCCUAUUAAAUGGCUCACUUGAUGUGCCUGAUCUCCUUUCAUCCAUACCUUUCAGAACGCCGAGCCAUUCAUCUAGAACCCAGUCUCGAUUCUAUAUCUCAGCUCAUAAAACUUCAUACGGACAUAAUCACAUACUACAUCGAAUUUUUAGAGCUGCGCGUUCAGUUUAA